AUGGUGCAACUCACACAAUUUGCUGCGCUUCUUGCGCUCCCAAGGGCUAUUGUCGCCUUGGACACCCGCGCAGCACAGAGUUCUCCCUCCAUUACUGGACCAGGCUUCAUCCAUGCACCUCUCAAGAGGGCAGACGUCCCUGUAAAUGUCGAGAGAAGAUCGUCCGUCACACGCAGAGCAUCCUCAAAGUCAAAGACGGGAUCUGCAACCGUCGGGAAUCUGCAGCGGAGAUACUCAAUCAACAUCACAGUCGGAGGACAGGACACCAUGCUCAUGAUUGACACCGGAAGCUCUGAGCUCUGGGUCAACCCCAACUGUUCCGUGGCCCAGGAGUCCGUUUCGCUGGGCAGUGACUUUCUGUCGGACGAGUUUUGUCGGAGCGUAGGACAGUAUGACCCAGCGUCUUCAAAGACGUCCAAGAAAGUAGGGACUAUGAACACGCUGUCUUAUGGCGACUCGAGUCAGACUGUGUAUGACUAUUAUACGGACACGGUUGAGGUGGCUGGUCUAGCUAUUGACAAGCAGCAAUUCGGCGUGACUUCGGAAUCGACUGGUGUUGCCAUUGGAAUUCUUGGCCUGGCUCCCAACAACUGGUACGGAUACAACAACACGCCGCCCUCGGACAACAGCGACCUCAACGCAUUGUUCUCUAAUGCCAGCUACGAACUGCCGCUGGCCAACAUGGCCUCGCAGGGUCUCAUCAACCGCGCAGCCUUCAGUCUGGAUCUCCGCGACGACAACGAGACCACCGGAUCCCUCAUCUUCGGUGGCAUCGACAAGGGAAAAUUCUCAGACAUGCUAGGUGAUCUACGCAUCUUCACAUUCCCCCAGAGCUAUGACGGCUACACGUGGCCCAUCUACUCGUACAACAUCUCUGUCAGCAGCGUAGGCGUGACCACGUCGGAGGGGAGCGAUACGCUCAGCGGGUACACGUCCAACUUUUACGCCUUGCUGGACUCGGGCACGCCCAACAACAUUAUUCCCACGGGUUAUCUCGAGCCCAUCUGCGACGCUUUUGGCGCCCAGUACAACGGCAGCUAUGGUCUCUGUGUGGUGCCGUGCGCCACGAGGAAUGCGAGCCUGGGUGCAGUCGAGUACGGUUUCGACGGCACCUCGGGGUUUGUGCUUCGUAACAACUACCGCAACAUCAUCUAUGAGACCAACAUUGUUGACUUUGCCCUCAUGUUCGACACGACCGUCGCUGAGCUGGCCAAGGACUUGAACCUCACCGGCAUCCUGUCGGCCGAGGACUUGGAGAAUCUCAACAGGUUCAACGGCCUCGACGACGUGGACGACGAUGCUAUCAGUGCUGACCAGAGCGACGGGUCGAUCCCUGAUAUCUGCUAUCUUAACACGUUCGAGUCGGACGAGCCGACAUCCUGGAUCCUAGGUGCGCCUCUGCUGCGGGAUGCGUAUGCCGUGUUCGACUGGGAGGUGCCUCAGAUCCUCCUGGGGCAGGCAGCCGACUGCGGAACUGAAGUAGUUGCCUUUUCGAAGGGCACGGAUACGAAUGCCAUUCCUACGGUCGGAAAUUGUCAUGCAGAGGUGCCGACUUAUGUCAGUCUGGCAAAUGCCACUGCGUCGGCGGCUGCGGCGCUCAAAGGUUCUUCGAGUAAAAGCUCGAGCUCGUCCUCGUCCUCGUCCUCCUCGUCUUCUUCCUCUUCCUCUUCCUCCUCCUCCAAGACAUCUGGCUCGGAAUCUGUGAGCAUUGGCGUGGGCGUGGGCGCUGCAGCAGCCGGAGUGGUGAUUCUCGGAAGCGGAGUGUUUAUCUGGAGGAGGAUGAUGGCCAGCAAGGCGAGAUCCAUGCCCAUCCCUGGGGCGGACUCGGAAAUUCCUGCGGCCGAUGAAGCCAAGAUUCCUCUUGCGCCUGAGUCGACGGAGGAGUAUGGGAGGCUGAGCCAGGUGCAGACGCGUUACGAUAGCCCAGCAUACGAUCCUCAGGAAGGCAGACUGUAAAGCAGGAUGAAUGGACCCAAGAAAAAGAAAAGGUGGUGGUGGCAGGCUUAUACCAAUAAUACUAAUUUACUAGACAGAAUGGUGUUAUUC